CUGCGCUGCCAUGUUUGUGUGCCGCUCUUAUAUAUUCGGCGUUCUACUGAAAUUCUCGACUUUCAAUUGCGUUUCGUGCAUAUAUCUUGUGUUCUUGGCCGUAGGAGAUCGCGCGUAAACUUUAUCAUGAGUACUGAUAGUAUCGAAAAACUGUACAAAAAUUUUGGAAUCCUCGCGGAUGCUAAAGAUAAAUUGGUGCAGCAUGAAAAAGAAUAUUUGGAAAUUUUGACAGCAGUUAAAGGAUCACCUAAAGAAAAACGGCUAGCAUCGCAAUUCAUUGCUAGAUUUUUCAAGCAUUUUCCAAAACUAGCAGAUCAAGCUAUAGAUGCUCAGUUGGAUUUAUGUGAAGAUGAAGACAUGGCUAUUCGAAAACAAGCUAUUAAAGAUUUACCAGCUCUUUGUAAAGAUAAUAAGGAACAUACAGCAAGAAUUGCAGACAUCUUAGCGCAACUAUUGCAAGCUGAGGACUCCUCAGAAUUAUCGGUUGUACAUAACAGUAUUAUGUCGCUUAUGAAGAGUGAUCCAAAAGGUACUUUAAGUGGAUUUUUCAGUCAAAUCAUUAAUGGUGAUGAUGGAACGAGAGAACGUUGUAUAAAAUUUUUAGCUACAAAAUUGAAAGCAAUAGGACACGACGUUAUUACAAAAGAACCAGAAGAUUUAUUAAUUGGAGAAUGUAAAAAAGUAUUGCAGGAUGUAACUGCUGACGAAUUUCAUAGUAUCAUGGAAAUCCUUGCUUGGACUAGAUUAGGAUCUACUGUUACUGGUCAACAAGAAUUGGUUGAUAUUACAAUAGAACAAGCUGAAUUGUCUGUCCCUUUUAAACAUACUAACGUGGAACAGUGGAAUAGAUUGGUUCAAUGUAUUAAACAUGCUCUUCCAUUCUUUAGCUCACAGAUAGAUUCAUCAAAAUUUGUUUCAUAUAUUUGCGUGCAAGUGCUACCACAUCUCUCUUUGAUGACUUCUCCCGAUGGUAGAGACAUUCAAUUGGAACUAUUAAAAUUGCUUGCUGAAUUAACAGUAUUUUGUGGAAGUAUUGAAAAACCUGAGGACAAAGUUCAACAACUUUAUAAUACUCUCAUUACUUAUAUGCCACUUCCUCCAGCUACAGAGAUUACUGAUGUACCAAAGUUACAAUUUAGUCAUGUGGAAUGUUUGAUGUACGCUUUUCAUAAAUUGUGUAAGCAAACUCCUGAAUUUUUGAUAAAAGAUCCAGAACAGCUUAAAGAAUUCCGUUUAAGAUUACAAUACUUUGCAAGAGGCAUUCAAGGUUAUAUAAAAAAAUUACGUGAAGCUAUCAGUGGGAAAACAGAAGAAGAAUUAAAAUCAGAGGAAAAUCAAUUAAAGGUUGUUGCACUAAAAACAACUAAUAACAUCAAUACCUUAAUCAAAGAUCUAUUUCAUUCACCUCCUAGCUUUAAGAGUAUCAUACAUCUUUCAUGGAAAACGCCUUGCAAUGACAAGAAGAAUGAAAAGAAUUCAGCUCAAAAAAGACAUACACCAAUUACAUUUGGAAACGACAAUGGUUCGAGUAAACGUAACAAGGAAGAUAAAAGCAACAAAAGAGAAAUAUAUACACCUCCGAGUGGCAAAUAUAGUUCAAACAUAUCGAAUUAUGGUCGCGGUAGAUUUAAAGGUAAUAGAUUUGGAGGAAGAGGUGUAUUCAGAUCAAGAGGCCGUGGUUCAUGGCGAAAGAAUUUUUAUUAAUUAUGAAAUCAAAAUCCACUAAAAAAAAAAAAAAUGAGAUUGAAAGCAGCUAAAAUUGGAAUGAUGACAUAAGUGCUUAUUUAUCUUGAGAUUAAACAUGGAAGUACUUUCAAAAAAAUGACAUUACAAAAUUUAAUUCUCUUGUGCUCUAAUUGAAAUGAUUUUGUCAUUAUCUAAACUCUGACAAAUUGCAGAUAAGUAACAAAAAGAGGAAAAUCAAUAAUUUUUCAAAUUUUUAUUAAUGUUUUCCAAACAUGGAGAAAAAGAUUUAAGAGAAUGAGAUUAUCAUUAUAUAGAUCUUUUGUGUUUAAUUCUUAUUAUAUAAUUCUGCAAUGAAAAAUCAAGACACAUAUAACGUGAAAGAAAAAUGAAAGUAUGCCAACAAUAUGCAUUGCUGACAAAUGUAUCAAAAUUAAGAGAAAAUAUUGAUUCUAGUACAGUAUGAUUAAUUGAUUUAAUGAAGAUGUUAGUGGAAUGUAACAGAAAAGGAAGAAAGAAGAGAUCGCAAAAGGCGAGACUUAUCAAGAUGAUGUUUGAGGAAGUUGAAGCAAACCUUGAUGAAGAUUGCAUGCAAAUUCAAACUACGUAAUCAGACAUUGUGAGACAUCAUCGAUAGAAACAUAUACAAAUGGAUAGAUGCAAAAUCAUGGAUAGAAAAACAUAUGAAAAUGGACGGUGCUCUUUCUUCGUCAAAAACUUCAAGAGUGCAAAAAUUUAAUCUCCUGUAUAUCCAUUCCUAAAUUAACUUCCCUAUCUUUCCAAACUUUUAUAUUUGUUAAUGUUUGUCAAUAUUUGUUAACAGGAUCGGUACAAAGGGAAUCUAGGCAGACAUACAUAAAAGCAAUCUAAUCGAAGAAACAUCAGAUAUAAUGUUUUGUUGAUAAAAGCAACAUUUGUACAAAAUUUUAAUUUUUUUUUUUUUUAGUAAACAGGAUUUAUAAAUCUAAUGAACAUAGAUAUAUUACACUUUUCAUAUAUAUAAAUAUAUAUUCUUUAUACAUGUAAAUAUAUCACUCUUAAAAUAUAUUUUAUAAAAAUCUAAAGUGUGUGUGUAUGUGUGUGCUCUCUCUCUCUUUCACACACACAUAUAUAUAUAUGUUAAUAUAUUUUUAAUUAAAAAUAUUAAUUUCAUGAAUCUAUGUUUCUUCGAUAAAUAAGAAGAGGAAUUGGAGCAGCGAUUAUUAUGUUGUUUUUCUUUUGCAGGAAACACAUACUAACAAGAGACUUGGAAAUCGUGGAUUGAGCCAGAGCUGUUUAAAAUUAUACAUAUAUACAUAUGUAUAUAAUUUUUUCUCAUUACAGAAAUCUUUUAAAAAAAAAUUGAUGCAGAGGCAGAGAUCACUUGGAGAAGCUAAUUGAUUUUCUAUUUCAGCAACUAAUGAUAUUAUAUGUUUAUAUUGUCAUAUAUAUAUAUAUCUUCUUGGUAUAAUUGCUGUUUGUGAGGUGAGUUCAAAAAAAUAUUGUUCCAUCUUUCCUUUCCCUCUAUCCAUGAUCAUUUUGUAAAAACAUUUGUGUCAUCAGCAAUUCGUCAAUGUUUUCAAUUAUUUCAAUAAAUAACAUUAUUUAAUACUAAA